AUGGUGCUUGCUCUGAGGUGGAAGUUUGGACUCGGAGUGCUAGCCGCCUAUUCAGGAUAUACCACGUAUAUUUAUGUGCGAACACAGCAGGAGAUUAGACGCCGACAGCAGGUCCAGGACGCCCAUCCGCAGUCCGAAGACGAUGGGGAGUGCGACGGGUGCCAGUAUGACACCUUAACGGUGAAUGGGCGGUUCGAGAACCCGUUCCCGGAGUACCGGCCACAGACGAUCUUUGAGUUUUUUGCGAUGCGGGUGCUCGAUCUGUUUGAGUUUGGCAAACGCGGCGGGCUUCCUUCUUCGUACGAGGAACUUAGAGCUAGUCUUCCUAUUCACACCCCCGACAUUGAGACUCUCCGGGCUACAGGCCAGAACGAGGAGUUUUCGUCCGAUGCAGACUUUCCUGCUGUUCGUGAUAGACUCACUUUCACGUGGUUUGGCCAGUCGUGUUCGUUAGUCCAGAUCGGGAGCGUUUCAUUUCUGACCGAUCCUCUUUUCGAGAACCAUCUGAUCAGCCGUCUGGUUGGACCCCAGCGCAUUGCUCCAUCUGCAAUCAAGCUGCAGGAUCUGAUGGAACAGGUGAAGAUUCCAGAGUACGUUCUGGUUUCUCACGAUCACCCAGACCAUCUGGAAGAGGAAUCGGUCAAACGAAUUGGAAACAAGUCUAAAUGGAUCGUGCCCGUGGGCGUGCGACGUUUUCUGGCCAAGCGCGGGGUCUCCAACGUGAUAGAGAUGAAAUGGUGGGACCGGGUCACUCUCGAAACAGACUCGCCAGAUAAAUACGAAGUGGUUUGUCUUCCAGCAAUGCACUGGUCAGGAAGGCAGCUUAUCGAUACCAACAAGACGCUGUGGUGUUCGUUCAUGAUCUUGCGCAACGGCAAGUCGAUUUUCUUCCAUUGUGGAGACACAGGCUACUCGUCAGACCUUUUCAGACUGAUUGGACAAAAAUACGGGCCUGUCAAGUUCGGGGCGCUGCCGAUCGGUCAAUACUGUCCGCAGUGGCACCAGCGGCCGCGUCAUAUUAGUCCAUUAGAAGCUGUGCGGAUCACAAACGAUAUGGGCAUCGAGAAAAUGGUUGGUGUCCAUUGGGGAACGUUUAUUCUGAGCUCUGAAAAAUACAUGGAGCCAAAAGAGCAGCUCGAGGAGCUGGCUCGGAUGAACGGCCGCCAGAACAGCAUUCUUGUGUCCGAGCAUGGCCGGACGCUGGUGUUCGACACGGGCGAAAUCGAUACGUUGAACGAGCAGCCGCCCGUGCAAGUGCGUGGAAGCACCGUUUAUAGAUAG